AUGGCGCGCCCGGCCCCUGUGGAGCCCCCGCUGCGGCAUCCUGCGCCCCCCUCGCCGGCCGUGGGCGAGCCCCGCACCUCUGUUGAGGCAGCGGUGGCCCCGCGGAGAGUGCUGUUCGCCGACGAGGCCCUGGGGCUGCCGCUGGCGCAGCUGCGCCGCUACCGGCCGUGGGGCGGGCCCGGGGCGGGCAAGAUGGCGGCGGCGGCCGGGCAAGAUGGCGACGGCGGCGGGGCUGACGAGGACGACGAUGGCGAGGAUGGGGAUGAAGGGGAGGAGGAAGAGGAGGCUUGCCCUGAGCCCUCGCCGCUGUGCCCCGUCCCCGCUGGCAGGGGUUUUUACCUGGUGCCCACAUUUUCGCUGCCGCCCGCGCCUGGCCGUCUGGAGCGCUUGGGGCGCGCCAUGGUGGAGCUGGAGGCGCUGCUGCCGCCUCCUGGAGCGGUCCCCGGGGGUGCCGGGGUGUGGGUGCCCGGGGGACGCCCGCCUGUGCUGCGCGGGUUGGUACGCGUGCUGAACCGCUCCUUUGAGAAGGCGGUGCACGUGCGGGCCUCACACGACGGCUGGGCUUCCUUCUGCGACCACCCAGCGCGCUACGUCCCGCGCAGCCCACCGGGGGCAGGAGCGGGAGCACCAGGAGCAGGAGAUCCCAUCCUGGAUCCCGGCCUGGGCCUGGGCUUGGGCCCUGGCCAGGCGUCCGCCUCCUCGCCCGACGACGGCGGCCGCACCGACCGCUUUGCCUUUCAGCUGCCCUUUGCUGAGGGCGCGGGCGAUGGGGCGCGCCUGGACUUCGUGGUGCGCUAUGAGACCCCCGAGGGCACUUUCUGGGCCAACAACCACGGCCGCAACUACACAGUCCUGCUCCGGAUCGCACCCGCUCCCACACCCACUGAUGCUGAAGGGCUGCCCCAGCAGCAGCAGCUGCAGCAGCUGGAGCCACAGCCCGAGUGCCAGGGUCCCGUGGAGGCUGAGGCCAGGCAGCUGAAGAGCUGCAUGAAGCCGGUGAGGCGCAGGCCUAAUGAGGAAGAGCUGAGGAUGAAGAACACCGAUGAUAACCUCUCCACUGUGGAACACCCUGAUGUCCAGGAAUCAGUGGGUCCCCUGGUGGCCCCCACCCCUCUCCGUCCAUGGCCUCAGAUGACACUUCAGGUUCCUGAAGUUACAGUGACUGGCAAACCCCCAGAGGAAGGUGACAUCCCCAGAAGCAAUCCGCCCGUGGCUUUCACAGAGAUCCCCCAGGCACCGGUCAUCAGGAUUCUCCCCUCUUCCUCUCACUCUGGCCUGGGUGGCUCCCCCAGGGACCAGGCCUCGGGGCCCGAUGCAAGUGAGGGGGCAGCUGGGCCUCUCCUGGAACCCAGCCAGCAACAGGUGGAGGCCAUGUGGGAAGUAUCAAGCGAGAAUGGAGGGGGCCGAAAGGACUACAUGGUGGGGGCUAUUAUGGAUGAACCCCCUGGGGGUCUGGAGGUCGUGAGUGGGUUGGAGGAGCUGCUUGGCGAGGACACCAUUGACCAGGAGCUGGAGCAGCUCUACCUGUCUCACCUGAGCCGCCUGCGGGCUGCCGUGGCUGCAGGUGGGAUAGGAGGUGGUGGGGAGGGCCCCACAGAUGGGGGGGUGUCCCCUAGCCAUCCCCUGGGCAUACUCACGGACCGGGACCUGAUCUUAAAGUGGCCUGGCCCUGAGCGGGCUCUGAACAGUGCCCUGGCUGAGGAGAUCACACUGCACUAUGCGCGUCUGGGGCGUGGUGUAGAGCUUAUCAAGGACACUGAGGACCCUGAUGAGGAGGGGGAGGGUGAAGAGGGGCUCUCCAUUAUACCCUCCAGUCCAGAAGGGGAUACCCCCAAGGAAUCGCCUCCGGAAAUCCUCUCUGGGGCCCAUUCUGUGGUAGCCACUAUGGGAGAUGUGUGGCUCCCGUGGGCAGAGCGCUCGGAAUGUGACAGCCCCGUGGUUCUAGGUACAGAGGGUCAGUUUUCUGGGGCUCCAGAAAAGGGGUUGUACAAGGACACUGAUUCUUUGCACAUGAAUAAGGUGACAGCUGGAGUGACCAGGUCCCUGGCGGGGGAAGAAGGCCGGAAGGAGUUUACCACUGAGUGGUCAGACAGCUUGGUUCCUAUAUCUGGCAAGGAGCCAGUUGCUCCAGCCCUACGGGGGCAAAGUCUCACCCUUCUUGGUCUUUCGGGGACUGAAGUCUGUCCUUCCAGCCUGGCCAGGCCCCAUGUGAGCUCCCAGGAUGAAGAGGGUUCAGGCCCAAGCCUUGAGCCCCCAAAGAGGUCUCCCACCUUAGCAGCCCCUGCAGAAUGUGUGUGUGUAUUGCCUCCCCAGCUCUGGGGUCCCUUGACCCAGACUCUGGGGGUCCUGGCUGGAUUGGUGGUCGUCCCUGUGGCUCUGAACAGUGGUAUGUCUCUCCUGGUGCUUGUGCUGUGCCUCUCUCUGGCCUGGUUCUCGUAGGAGCUGCUUUUAGAGAGCAGCAAUAGCAGGCUUCCCUCUCUCUGGGAUCUGGGGAGAGGCAGUCCCUGCACCACCCCUAGGGGCUUCAGAUGGGACAUGUGGCCUGUGUAGUGAGAGAUCUUUUGCUUCUGAGGAUGCUCGACUGGAGAGAGACCUUCCUAUCCCCGAGGUCUUGUCAGCAUAGGGCUCCCUGAGGAGGGGAACAGGGCAUGGUGGAUGGUGUGGGAUGACUUUCAGAAAGGAACUGGGCAUGUCCUCCCUCCGCCCUCCCUCCCCCAAGCCUGUAUUUAUUUUUGUAUAAUUCUCUGGAUGAGGGAGAGUGGUCAUGAGCUGGUCUUGGGGCACAAUUACCCAGAGAUAUAUUUAUUAACAGCCAACCUGUGCAACCUGCUGGAGCUUUAUUUUUAAUUUAAUUUAUAUAGAGUACCUAUUAUUAUAUGCCACA